AUGUUGUUGGCCCUUGGACUGGCCAUUCAGCCAGUCGAGGAGCACGAAAAGCCUCAGAAGCAUCUGGGUGCGGUACCACAGCACGCUGCUCAUCUGCCGGAGCACCACCAGAAGCAUCAUGCGGUGGCUCCAACAGCUGAUCAUCACAAGUCCGCACGGCAUCACAAGCAUCAUCAACACAUUGAGCCCAAAGACAAGGAGAAUGUAAAUCAUGGUCGUGUGCCAAUCGCUCCACAUCAUUCCAAGGCGAGCCGUCAUGGCAGACGCCACAGGCUGCCCAAGAACGAGAAAGCAUCCAAGAACAAUCAUUCACAGCAUUCGCAUCAUAAGACCGCGCAUCACAAGAAGCCAACGCACAAGGGACAUGCGCGCAAGCAUCAUUAG